UUCAAACCGGUUCAGCUCCUCACCCGCAGCGUCGCCACCGGUGUACAGGGAGUGAGCACCUGCGCCAAGCGUCUAUCACGAUUUAGAUCAGAUAUCUCCAAAUUGGACAUGAGGCAGAUGCUGAAUAUUAGUCGUGGAGCAGACAGUUGACCUAUAUGCUGAAGGUGUAGCGCGUUGAAUCUUUUUUGUUGUUGCUCACUUACCGGUUAUUGUUUUUGCUGUUUCACCCAUUCGACUCAUCGCUGACAGUCAGACUGUACGAUUGGAGCAUCAGGGUAGGCUACGUUUGAAACACCUGCACAAAAGCGCAACGUACCGCUCUAACAUUCCUGCGGAAUUUGUAAAAACUUCUUUCAGGUCCAGGAUGGCAGUGGCUGUGCAUGUAGCUGGUCGACAGGCUGUCCUGUCUCUGCUGCUGCUUCUGUGUGCUGGCCUAGGCGUGAGCGAGGCAGCCUCCAUAGUGAACAUGCAUAGAGUCAUCCACCCUACCGUACAAGAGCCACUGGCCGGGUUCGCUCACCUCCCCUGUGUCUUCACCCACGAGCCCAGUGAGCCCAGCCCCUCCAGCCAGCCUCCCCAUAUCCAGUGGACCCAAACCUGGGUACCACGUGGAGGAAAGGGGGGUCCCCUGGAGCAGAUGGUACUCUCAGCCAAAGGUGACGUGGUGAAGGUGAAUAAGGCUUUCGCUGGGCGGGUCAGGUUGCUUGGAUACGCUGCCAACAACCUAAAUGCUACCAUGGAGAUCUCAGGCCUCCGUAGCAACGACACAGGCACCUACCACUGCCAGAUUGUCAUGGGAGACAACUACGAGCGAGACGUAUUGCCCCUUGUGGUCAUGGGUGUGGUGUUCCACUACCGGUCUCCUAGCGACCGUUAUGCCCUCUCAUUCGAUGACGCCCAGUGGGCCUGUCAGGAGAACUCCGCCCUCAUCGCCACGCCGACCCAGCUGUGGGCAGUGUUCUACAAUGGCUAUGCCAACUGUGCUGCCGGAUGGCUCUCCGACCAGACUGUCCGCUAUCCUAUCCAGUCACCAGAGCGUGGUUGCUAUGGACAACGGGAGUACUCGGCUGGUGUGAGGAAUUAUGGGAAGAGAGACCCUAAUGAGCUGUUUGAUGUCUACUGUUUCGCCAGGGAAUUGGACGGUGAGGUAUUCCACUCAUGGGUCCCAGGGCGUCUGACUCUGUCCUCUGCCUCAGAACGCUGCAUCUCCCUGGGGGGACAGUUGGCCACGGUGGGGCAGCUCUACCUGGCCUGGAAGGCUGGGCUGGACAGCUGUGCUCCAGGCUGGCUCUCUGAUGGCAGUGUCCGCUACCCUAUCACCCAGCCCAGGCAGGGCUGUGGAGGGGACCAGCCAGGGGUCUGGACCGUCGUACCCAACACCAAUGAAACCACAACCAGCAGCGGAUGUGCCAAUGCUCCGGAGCCCACGCCGCUCUAUGAUGCCUAUUGCUACAGAGGGAAUGUAAAGAAGCCAGGCCCCAUCUCUAAGAUCUACGCGUCUCUGUGGAAGCCCUGGAGCUACCUGACCGGCUCCAGCGACACAGACACUCCAGGAACAGACAGCCUUUCCCUGGCUACUGAGACCACCGGCAGCCCCCCGACCACAGGGAGCCGUAACCUUUCACCUUCUGAUGACCUCACACCUUCGAACUGGUCAGGAUUGGUUGAUCUGGAGGAAGAGGCCCGCUCUUCUUCAGACCCCUGGUCCUCAGAGUCCUCUGAGGGGUAUGUCACCCUGCAGCUGAGCCCAGGAGAGAGCUCUCUAGCCUGGGGAGACCUGGGAGACAUGGACCCUAACUCUGGAGUUUUCCUCAGACCUCCAGCCACCCCCAGCCACGGUCCAAGUUCUACCACACAGAAAGAGGAGUUAUCACCCUCUACCUCAGCCCCCACUGACAGAAAGGUGAUGGCCAAGAUAGUGAAGUCCAUGUGGAAGCCGUGGAACUACCUGGCAGGGGUGACAGAAGGUACCACAGGAACAGGCAGUCCGGAGGUGGAGAGAAAGGGAACUACGGAGGGGACUCUGACUGAGAGCAGGACUGUGCCCACCGGUUCUCCUGGCUCUCCUGCUCCAGGUUUACUCUCAUGGUGUCGUGGGUGGUGGGAUAGCUUAGGGCUGGGGGAACUAGAUGAUAUACCACCCACUGGUGAGCCCUCGUCCUCCCCAGCCCUGCUCACCUCUACCCCAGCCUCAGAGAGCCAGUCCUCUGUCUCCUCCUCCACCCCUGGAGGAUGGGAGGCUGUCCCAGACACCACUCGGCCCAAAGGGGGGACGUUGGUACGUGUGGCCCCAUCAGAAGUUGAGAUCUCGCCCCAGCCGGAUUAUAGGAGAAAGGGAGAUGCUAUCACUAUUCCGACUAGAGCAGAUGGCCUGGCCAGUGUUGGGAGAGAGAGAGGGAUAGUGAAAGAGGAGGGGAGUGCUGAGGAGGCCUCCGAAGACGCGAGAGGGGAGAUCCAGUUCACCCGUCUCCCCGUUGGAACCAGCAAACCCAUAAUCAGAGUCCCUCCAUCCAACGAGAGAACCACAAGGAAGGAGCAGUCAGGGGCCCAUUGCAGCACAACUCAACCCCCAGUCAGCAGCUCCACAGCUGGGUCAGACAGCAGAGACUCUUCCCCUCGAUCCAGACCAGGUACUGGAGUUCUAGCCCCUCCACCAUCAGCCUCAGUCAUCCAAGGAAGCUCCAGUGAGGCCUCAUCGUCCCUCUCCUCGGUCUCAGUGGAGAGAUCUGGAGAGCAGGGAGGUGAGGGUCCAGAAAGUGGGCCCUUGGCGCUGCCCUCCGGACCCCCAGUGGAAGAAGAUACAGCCUGGUCUCACACACUGGGCUCCGGGUUGCCUAGCAACCUGGACGAGGAGGGUGGCAGGAGUGCGGGAUUCAACCGAAGGAACAGAACUCUGGGCUCAGCUGGUGUGGGGGAGCCCUGUGUGACCAACCCAUGUCUGCAUGCAGGGCAGUGUCUACCUCAGGGCAAGGGCUACAGCUGCUACUGCCCACAAGGCUUCACAGGGGAGAACUGUGAGAUCGACGUGGAUGACUGCCAGUCCAAUCCUUGUCUAAACGGAGGCACCUGCAUCGACAAGAUCGACUCAUUUGUCUGCCUCUGUCUGCCCAGCUACGCAGGAGACACCUGUGAGAAGGACGUUGAGAAUUGUGAACAUGGAUGGAGGAAGUUCCAUGGCCACUGCUACAGGUACUUCUCUCACAGACACACCUGGGAGGAUGCAGAGAAGGACUGCAGAGUGCACAGCGCCCAUCUUAGUAGCAUCACCUCAGUAACAGAGCAGGAGUUCAUCAAUGGUCUGGGCCAUGAUAACGCCUGGAUUGGCCUGAAUGACCGCACCGUGGAGGAGGACUUCCAGUGGACUGAUGUCAAUGACCUGGUAUAUCAGAACUGGAGAGAGAACCAGCCUGAUAACUUCUUCGCGGGCGGGGAGGACUGUGUGGUGACCAUCGCCCAUGAGGACGGCAAGUGGAACGACGUGCCCUGCAACUAUAACCUGCCCUACAUCUGUAAGAAAGGCACAGUGCUGUGUGGAAUCCCACCCGCCAUGGAGAACGCCCAUCUGAUUGGCCGUCGGCGGUCCCACUAUGACAUACAUGCUGUUGUGCGUUACCAGUGUACUGAAGGUUUCUACCAGCGCCACAUCCCCACUGCGCGUUGCCGGGCCAACGGCACCUGGGACCGGCCCAAGAUCAUCUGCACAAAGUCUCAGCGAUCCCACCGGUACCGCCGCAACCACCACCACGGCCAGCGCCGGGAGCGCAGGAACCACAGGAGACAUGGAGGAGAGGCACACAUGGAGAGGGAAGAGGAUGCACACAGCCACUACUGAACCAAAUACUACACCUCCCAUAAUGCCCUGUGCCGGACCCCCUGACAUAUCCUGUGACUGAGUGGAUCAACCAUUCAGGACUCACAAUCAACAAUAGUUGACAUUUAUUUUUUCCUGACCUAUUUCAGUCCGUCUCUUUGGGUUAAAAUCUCACUUGAGAUACUGUAUGUGUGCAAAACUUUCAUGCAAAUGACCUAUUGACAUCAGUGCAAAAAAAGUGAAUUGUUCACACGUACAUAUCUAAAGUUAGGAUUUGUUCCUUUGUUGUUGAUUUUGUUUACCCCAGGUCCAUUACAACAGUAAUACUUGUUAUCUCGCUAACACGGUCGCUAAUAUCUUAGAAACAGAAAAUCCUUGGAAUGUCUAUGGAUAACCUAUUCUCACUGUCUAAACAUAAAGACAGUGGUGUGUGUGUGUGUGUGUGUGUGUGUGUGUGUGUGUGUGUGUGUGUGUGUGUCAGGGUGUCUAUGCUAUGUGAGUGUAUGUGUUCUGCAAAGUUUGAAGCUUGUUCUACAUCUCAGAACAUACUCAUUUUAGUAUUCUGUUUAUAAAGCACAAAUGUAAUUAAUGCAAGUGAGCUAGUUAGCUUUCAGUCUCAAAUAACCCAGAGCUUUUGUACUGUACUUGUUAUGUUUCUUUAGGACUCCUGAAUAGCAGGUCUGUUUUAUUAUUCAACUUACAUGCCAUUUUUAAUAUUUGCUAUCUCUUCAUGUAAUGUCACUAUUUAUUAUGGACUCUUCGCAAGUUAAUAUACAGUAUGUUUUUUUUGUUGUUUUUUUUACAUAAUCCAUUGAGGCAAUGUAAUACCUUUUUGUUUUAUAUACCAUUCUUACGAUCAAAAGUAACGAAGGUAACCCUUUGAUUGCCUCUCUCUGUACUGUAAAUACUGUGGUGUUUGUUUGUUUGUUAUUGACUGGUAUCUGAUUGAUACCUGAGCCUUGUCAUGUACCAGUCAUGACCCAGUCAUGUACUCCGCAUCGCCCUCUCAAAUAACAACUAAAACAGACCCAUUAAUCUAGAUGGAAUAGGAUAGAUCGAAAUACUGCGGACUGGGACAAAACUUUACCAAGUUAUCUGCUCGGUGGUCAAUAGUCCCAAUCUUUGCCCGGCUCCAAUAUGUGACGGGUAGGAUGCAAUGAUUCAUGAUGCAUAUGGUUCUUCUGAUAUUUGAUUGGGCGUAAUCCCUUUUUUUGGUGUUAUGACUUCCUGUCCUGCUGUUGUGUUCCAUUCUUAAUAAAGCUGCAAAAACUUAAUGAACGAC